AUGUCUUUCUCACCAGCACCAUCAACCCUCAAGCGAAGCUCAUCCACCUCAUCAUCAUCAAACGGACAGAGCGAGCUACCCGAAGAAACCCAAUCUGACGACCAGCAACUCACAAAACAACCUACUCAACUCAUCCAUCUCCUCACCCAACCCGAUCCACUCCAAACGAACUACCCCCACCCUAGGACUCUUCCCUAA